UCCUGAAGAGGUGAGCUGCAGUCAUUCUAAUGGGUAACGUACCUACUACAGUAAAGCACUGCUUGAGCUAUAAGCAAAUCAUCGAGGACUACCCUUGGUUGAAAAGCUGGCUAGAGGAAGAGAAGAUCAUUACCGAACAUGAGUAUCCAGACUUUGUGAAAAUUGUUGAAGUUGGUCCAAGGGAUGGACUUCAAAAUGAAAAGGAAAAUGUACCAACAAGGGUAAAAAUCCAGCUGAUCGACAUGCUUUCAACAACAGGCCUUUCUGUGAUUGAGGCCACAAGCUUUGUCUCUUCAAAGUGGGUACCGCAGAUGGCAGACCACACAGAUGUCCUCAGAGGAAUCCAGAGAGCACCUCAUGUUAGAUACCCUGUUUUGACUCCAAACAUGCAAGGUUUUCAGGAUGCUGUUUCAGCUGGUGCCACUGAAGUAGCUGUGUUCGGCUCUGCAUCUGAAACCUUCAGCAGAAAAAAUAUCAACUGUUCCAUUGCUGAAAGCAUGUUGCGGUUUGAGGAGGUCAUUAGUGCUGCCAAAGAUCGACAAAUCCCUGUUCGUGGAUACGUUUCUUGUGCCCUCGGGUGCCCCCAUGAGGGAAACAUUGAUCCCUCAAAGGUUGCUGAGGUAGCAAAAGGGUUAUAUGAAAUGGGUUGUUAUGAGAUUUCCUUGGGAGAUACUAUUGGCGUUGGUACACCUGGCUCCAUGUUCAAGAUGCUGCAGAAGGUGAUGAAAGAUGUGCCAAUUAAAUCUCUUGCAGUUCACUGCCAUGACACCUAUGGUCAAGCACUUCCCAACAUUCUUACUGCUCUUCAGAUGGGAGUCUCAGUGGUGGAUUCAGCAGUGGCAGGCCUUGGUGGAUGCCCUUAUGCACAGGGUUCAUCUGGCAAUGUUUCAACAGAGGAUGUUCUUUACAUGCUCCAUGGCAUGGGCAUUGAAACUGGAGUGAACCUUGACAGAGUCAUAGAAGCUGGUGACUUUAUAUGCAACGCUUUAGAUCGCAGAACAAACUCCAAGGUGGCUCAGGCAAGAGGCAGGACACUUUGAGGAUGCCAUACCAGCUAAUGAGUUAAAACUGUUACUUUCUAAAGUUCUUUUUCUGAAAUCCAUGUAUUUGGAAUGGAGGUUUUCUUGCUUUUUAAUCUAAAAAGAUCACCAAGCACCCACUGUAAGUUUACUUUUUGAAUUGAAUCUGAAUUUCUGAAUUUAAUUGAAU